GUGGAGCUGGAUUGACUCAUGUAAGUGCGAUGGUGGCGUCGGCGCACUUAACAGGGCUCUGGCGCGGCAAUGGGUGGUGUUUGGCUAGUGACUGCUAUUCAUCGUUUUGCUACCCUGAAGAGAUGCUCAGCCUUGCCAAGACCGUCGCGAAGCGCUCGACGCGCUCGUUCUCGACGAUCGAGAAGGACCUCCCCAACAUGAUCGACCAGGCCGUCGGUCGCCAGGGCGCCGAGCUCAAGCUCGCGGAGGAGGGCAUCGAGCUCUUCUCGCGCGACCCGAUCUUCACGGAAGAGUCGCAGGGCAACUCGAAGGAGAACCCGAUCCUUGUGCCCUCGUUCAACUCGCACCGCGCGAUCGGCAUCUCUCACAACGACUCCCCGUACAUUAAGUGGUUCAACCUCCAUGAAGGCAAGGUGUUCUACGUCCCGGACUACGACAAGUACUUCAAGCUUGACAACCGCAACCCGAACAAGGGCGCCGCGCACCACCAUUAGAUUGCAGCACUCCGGUUCUCAUCCUCAUCUUUAUACAAGUGAAAUAUGAUCUUCUUGUGCGAUGGCAGCAUACAAAAGAACAAGUCAUUGGACGCAAACUCGACUAUGGACAGCAAUAAAUACAAAAAUCCAUAGCAGGCCGC